CUGUUUAUGUAAAAAAAAAAGGACACUAUCACUAUUUUUAUUCCGAACUGAAGUUAUCGUUGUAAUGUAAUUUUGUUUUUUCUGUUCUUUCCAUGAACGUAACGUCGUGUAAGGUGCAGAGUAACAUUUUUAAAAUGUUUAGUGGGAUAAAAUAUACAUAAUUUUAUUACUAUGGAGUCUAGAUCAUUUAGAGAACUCCAACCCUCAACGACGACUCAUAACCCUGUCUCCGACAUCGUGAAAGAGAUUUAUAAGGAAGCUAGCUGUCCAACAACCUCGGGCCUGCAGAAUAGCAAUUACAAUAAUCAUAUUAUUGGCAAGGAAGUAAACCAAAGCUUUAGUCAGAGUGCCAAAAUUAGUAACGUCAGUAAUUCAGUUGAGUCAAUAAAUUUUAAGUUAGACCGUUUAAUUUAUCCACCACUUGGAACAGAAAAAUUGGGAGAAAAUUUUAGUUCCUUCAAAGUCGCAGAGACACCAGAUGCUUGUGAUUAUGAUAAUGCAAAAAGAAGAAAGGUUGAUCUUUAUGGUCCAGAUGUUGGACCCAAAUUAUACAACGUUAAGGGAAACCUAGUGACUCCACCGAUUAUCGCAAAGAACCUUCCGGAAAUAUUUAAUGUUCUUCCUAUUUUUGGUAGGCCUGGACCUAAAGAAGAUAUUGAGGACUUUUAUUCACGAAAGAUAAGGGAAUUUGUUGGCUGUGAUCUGAAUGAUGAACAGUUUGAAAAUCUUGCUAAUGAAUGCAGUCCUGAUUUGCUAAGGACUGGCAGUGAGCUAAGAAUGACAACCUCAGUUCCCACACUAUCAGUGUUCUCCGAGGAAGAAAACAGGGAGUACAAUGAGCAACACAGCAACCUGUGCGUUGUGAGGAAGCAUCAGUUACGUAUGGCUAGUGACUCUAAUGCCAAUUACCAGAAAAAGCUGAAGUAUAGGGGGAUAAGGCUCAUACCACUUGCACAGACUGAAGAUGGAGAGGAAGCGCCCGAACCUGACUUAGAUCCUGGCAGAGAUAUAAUCUAUGUUGUGCGGAUAUAUAGGCCCUUCCCAUAUAAUAUUAAGGAGAAACAUACGAGCAGCCGGCACUCGGUGUUCAGCCGCAGCGUGGUGCUGGCGGGGCGGCGGCCGCUGUCGGCGCUGCGCGACCGCGUGCCGUGCGCCAACGACGUCGGCAUGCGCGUCGACGUGUCCGCCGCGCCGCACGAGCAGCCCGACGCAUCUGCCAAGGACCUGUUCCCCUCCGGGUUCCUGUUCAUCAACAACGUGUUCUACGUGGACGGGCGGGCGGGCUGCGCGGACCGCAGCGCCGGGCUGCGCGCCUGGGCGCGCGCGCGCGGGCUUGGGGCCUUCGUCGCCAGGGACCUGCACUCCACCAGGCUGGACGACCUCACUGUGCGGCUUGGCCAUCCUGAGGUCUAUGUCCACCAAGGCAACUGCGAGCAUCUCUUCACCUUCUCAGAGAUACGUCUGCUCAACCCCGACGACCCACUCUCAAUCAAACAGUACCCAGUCCACACUGCUGUCUCACAAAACCAAACAGUCUACUGCACAACUUGUGCCGAAUUCGGAGCCAAAUGGAUUGUAACCAACUGUUCAACUGUACCCUUUGACCCGGCUUACUUCUGUGAUACAUGUUUUAGAUUAUUCUUAUAUAAAGAUGGGAAGAAAAUUGGAGAUUUCAAGGCCUUUUCGUACAGAGGCAACGAGAUUAAUAUGCUGAAGCCUUCAGGAUGACGAACGCUUGCGUCCAUAUACAGUGUGGAUUUAAAACAGGGUUAGCAAUUCCCUUGCAUGUUGUAGGGUUUUGUAGUACCAUGAUCAAGGGUAAAAUGUACAUGUGUACACUUGUACAGUAUUGAUGUGAUAUUCAAUGACAGGCCAAAUAAAGGAAUCAGUUUUUAUAAUGCAGAUUUUUAAAGUCCGUUAAGAUUUAAAUCCAUAAGAAUUUUAAAGUCAAUCUCUACUGGCUGCUCGCGUUAUACUUAUCAGUAUAAGUAGUGUAACAUUAUAUUAUGUUCUAUUCUAAUUAGUCGGUGUCCACAUUGGUGCCGGUAUUAGUAUAGAUAUAUUGAAGAAUGCUCCUAAAAUGUACGAUGUUCAAAAAUUUCGCUAAAUGUCCCUUUUUGUUGUAAGUAAUAUCCAUCAAUAAGAGUAAGAAAAUUCACAAUGUUUCAAAAGUUCCUUCAGUCCCUUGUGUAACCAGGCUCGUUCUUGAAUAGAUUUUGUCAGUAAAUUUAUUUUGCUACUAUAGCGGUAAGUAAACCCAAAAGAGUUGAUGUUGUAAUAAAAAUAUCCUAUA